CGGCGUUGGGGACACUCGGUGAGGGACGGUUUCUGCCUUUGUUCCCCCCCGCCUCGGCCGCCCCCGGCCCGCCGGCCCGCGCUGCCUGGCGCCGCUCGGCCGCCUCUCAUGGCCUCCUCUCUCGGCUGUGUCGCUUCUAGGAUGGCGGAGGUACCGCCUGGGCCUAGCAGCCUCCUCCCACCACCAGCGCCUGCGGCCCCAGCGGCGGCCGAGCCCCGCUGCCCGUUCCCGGCGGGGGCCGCCCUCGCUUGCUGCAGCGAGGACGAGGAGGACGACGAGGAGCACGAAGGCGGCUGCGGGAGCCCCGCGGGCGGCGAGGCGGCGACCCCGGCCAAGGCGCGUUCUUGCCGUCGCUGCCCGCCGCUGCCCCAGGAGCAGCAGCAGCAGCAGCAGCAGCAGCAGCUGAACGGAUUGAUCGGCCCAGAACUGCGACACCUCCGGGCCGCGGCGACCCUCAAGAGUAAGGUCCUGAGUGCAGCGGAGGCGGCCGCCCCCGACGGGGCCCCCAAAGUGACUGCCACAAAAGGAGCCGGAGAACACCCGGAGGAGAGACCAACCCACUCGGUCCCCAACAAUGCAAGAACUGCGCUCUCCGGCCGGCCAGAGGCGGCGGUGGCGGCGGCGGCUGUGGCCGGCGACCCCGUGGCGGCGGCGGCCAGCGACCCCGCGGCGGCUCGCAACGGACUGGUGGAGGGCAACGAGCCGGAGGAGGAGGACGAGCAGGUGCGGCUGCUGUCUUCGUCUCUGACCGCCGGCUGCAGUAUAAGGAGCUCCCUGGGCCGGGAGGCCGAGCCCGGGGAGGAUCGGACGAUACGAUACGUCCGAUAUGAAUCCGAGCUCCAAAUGCCUGAUAUCAUGAGACUGAUCACCAAAGAUCUGUCUGAACCCUACUCCAUUUAUACGUAUAGAUAUUUUAUCCACAACUGGCCACAGCUGUGUUUCUUGGCCAUGGUAGGGGAGGAGUGUGUAGGUGCCAUCGUUUGCAAGUUGGAUAUGCACAAAAAGAUGUUCCGCAGAGGUUAUAUAGCCAUGUUAGCCGUGGAUUCCAAAUACAGGAGAAAUGGCAUUGGUACUAACUUGGUAAAGAAAGCUAUAUAUGCCAUGGUUGAAGGAGACUGUGAUGAGGUUGUUUUGGAAACAGAAAUAACGAAUAAGUCUGCUUUGAAACUUUAUGAAAACCUUGGUUUUGUUCGCGAUAAGAGGCUGUUCAGAUACUAUUUAAACGGAGUUGACGCACUGCGACUUAAACUGUGGCUGCGCUGAGAGACUGCCAGCAAGGAGUGGCUCCCCCAUGGAAGCGACUUGUGCAUGCAAUGCAAUUUGUGCAGAAUUGCUUUGCAGGUGGAUGUAGUAAUUCCCAUGCAGCUGUUAUCUGUCAGUGUCCAUUGAGUGUCGCACAACAUUUGUUGCACUUUGGCAUGGCGCAUUUGUUCUGAAUUAAAUGAGAUUGUUUUAAACUUCAAGGGUUCUUUUGGUACCAACAGGAUGUGCCAGUUCCUAGCCAAGACUUGUUCAUUUGCAAAGUUUGCUGACAGUGCUCUUUACAUAGUGAUCAUUUUAUCACAGAACAAGGAAGUGGGACAUGAUUUUGUUCCUUAAGACGCCAAUGUAGUAAGUCUCUUAAGUAUACUAACAUUUCACACAAAACCUGCCAUAGUUUUCUGAAGAGGGUGAGGGAAAAGCUUCAAUUUAGGUUUUAUUUUUUCAAUAUUAAAUUUUCCAUUCUUGAAUAUUAUUGGUACCUCAGUAAUUAGUGGAUGAAAAGUGUGGGGUGGGAUUUGUCUUACAAUGAGUAAAGAUGACAAUUCAGUUGCGUCUGCCAGUGCCUGUGUAGAUAAGUAUUCCUGUCUUCAUCUCUAGUUUUUGAAUGCAUGCUGUCUUUUCUUUUUCUUUAAUGCCUUUGCAAGCAAACUUGUUUUUAUUUAAAUUCUAAAUUUGAUAAUAAAUUAUUUCAGAUUUUUAUAAUUUGGACAGUUUUUCCAGGUGAGUGACAGUGGUUUGUUGUAGGAGUCCCUUUUUCCCUUACAGUAAGAAGUUGAAUCUACUUGGGAAAUGGAAAUGGCUUAAAGGGAUGGAGCUGGAAAUUGCUGGGUUUUGGAUGCACUUUUUUUGUUUUUGUUUUUUGAGAACGGGGAAUUUUUGGAAAGGAAUAGAAAAUUAAUGUAAAUUGGUAUGAUUUUAUUUAAUCAAAAUGAUUGCUAAGCUGUGAAGAACAGCUUCUAUAAAGUAGCUGGGUUUUUUUUUUUUUUUUUUUUUUUACUUGAUUUGAAUUCACAUUGCUUCCAUUUUUGAAAAAUACUUCACUUAUGGUUCUUUGUCUUAGAAAUAAAUUUCAAAGAGCAUUGUAUCCGUUUUAAGCUGCAUUUAUUUUCUUUACACUCGAGCAGAUUCUUGGGGGACCUUUGCUUUGUUUCUCCAGAAAAAGGGGAGGGAUGAAAAUUUUUUUUAAUGAGUUCUUUGGGUUUUCUGAGCAGCCAAGGUGUUUAUUAGUUACAGUGUAUUUUGGCUAAUCAGUGUAAUGUUAAUAAAUUUUAGCUAAUUGUUUUGAGUUGAGUCCGUAAACUUGUGAUGGAUAAUUUAUUUAACUAGAAAACCUAAGCACUCAUAAGGAAAAGAUUCAUUCUCUGAAAAAUGUUUUAUAGGAAUCUGGCAUUCAUGUUGUUAUUUUCAUUUGACUAUACUUUUCUUCUGCUCUAGUACUUGGUUUGAAUUUUAUUUUAUGGCUGUAAUUACUGUAUUUUUUUAAAACCCUACCUCCAUUAACAGUUGGUAAAAGCCCCUUUUCAGGAAAGUUUGUUGCUUUUUUUUCCUUUUUUUUUUUUUUUAAAGGAAAGCUGCUCUUUGCUCAGUAUAAUAUUUUGAAAGUGAACAUGGUAACAAGUACUUUUAAAAUAAAGAUGCACACUUUAUAUUUGAAAAUAAAAAUUCCUGCUGGUGGGAUCAUUUAUAGUUCCUUAUUUUUAAGAAAAUGUGUCUUUCCAUUUUAUAUUGCUCUUUAAAGUUCAAUGCAGAAUACUGGUAAUAUUAAAAAUGUGAUGGCCACAUAGUACUCAGCUUUUCUGCUGACCAUUUUGAGUCUGUUUUGGUCAAACUUCAUUUGGGCUCCAACAUUUAGAAGACUGCCAGUCAUCAUGAUGCUUCUGUUUCAUUUUCAGUGUGAAGGAAAGUAGCUAAACAGUGUACUUGACAUCAUCAAAGUUUGUUUUGAUUUGCUGGUACAUAAGUAUGAAUUGUUGAUGAACAUACAUUUUCUUGACUCACUCUAAUGGGUAUAGUUGUAAAGUAGAUACAUGCUAGAUUUAUCAAUUCGAAAGUUUUGUUCUUCUAGGUAGUCAAUGAGACUGUCAGGACUCCCCUUAACUUCAGAAUUGCUGAAUUAACUGAACUGAUUGUCUGGUGAUUUGUAAACAUGACCUGAACUAUGUGACUAAAAUAUCAGAUCAUUACAAUACUGCUCAAUGGAUGGAUACAUGAUGAAUAUACUUUGAUAUUUUUAAUUAAUUGACCAAUUUUUUUUUUUUUACCUAAAAUUUUUACCUCUAACUUGAUAACCUGAUUACAAAAUUAAAGCUUUCCAAGUUGAAAUAGCUUCAAACAUUAAUUUGAUAUUAGGCUUUCAUUUUUCUUAUAUCAGCUUAAAGUAAUUCCAUUUAUAAUUGACAGUGGGUUCACUUGGCUAAAACUGAGCAAAAUUGGUGCAACUUUCUUUUAGUGGGGUGCUGCUUCUUUAAGACUGACUGUACUAUCCACUGAUAUCGGUUUGGCAGUUGAUACUGCUGAACAUUAAACACAUGCUACCAUGAAGCUGUAUAUGUUAGUAUUGAAGAAAGCUAACGGUAUGCUACCAGUCUUGAUGUGUGAGCUGAUUAUAAUUUCCCUUACAUUGGGAUGAAACUACUUAACUCUGGAAUAAUCAAAGUCCACAAAUCAUAACAUUAGUACCUGAUGUUGAAGCCAGCACAAUAAGAAAAAAUUAGUAUUAAAUGUUGAUUUUUAAGGUUUUUUUUGCCUCUCUUCUCCAAAUUACCCUCUACACACAAGAGAAAAGUCUGUGUGAAGGAGUUUAACUGAUAUAUCAACCCUUCCCAUGCCCUGUGAGACAAAUCUGUGUAAAGGAGUUUAACUCAUAUUUCAACUCUUCCCAUGCCCUGUAUUGUGAUAUUGGCUGGCAUGUAUAAGACUGGAUGUGUAUAUUUAUUAUGGUGUCUAAAAAUGAUGAGGUUCAUCACUUUCCAGGAACAUCGAGGAAAUCAGAUUGGUAGUACACCAGUUACUUUUCAGUACACCUCGACAUCACUAGGAUGAGUGCUAUAAUGUCCUAGGGCUUUCAGGUUUGUAAAAACAUAACCAUAAGUUAUAUUGACGUCACAUAUGAGUUGAGUAUCUAUGAAAUAUCACGUGUAUCUCAAAAAUAUUGGACUGCUGUUUAAUGACUGGGGUAUUGCUGCAUAGUUUUCUCCUAUUGACCCCUAUCCUUUCGGAGAGAGAUUUAAUGGGAUUUGAAAUGUGCAAGCUGUGUGAAUAACAUGCAGUCAAAUAAAGUAUGGUUAAGUUGUGUUUGUAUUUUUCUUUAAGAUA